AUGUUACUAAACAUUUCGUUUUCACAAUUCUGUACUGAACAAGAGACUUUAAUAAAGCCAUACCAGAGCCGAAAUAAUAAUGAUAUCUAUAGUUUCACCCUGCUUAUAACCCACAUUCUCCGUCAGCAUGGUUUCAGUUUUAAUUGUAUCAUUCCAGACUCGAAGCCCUUGAAAUACCAAAGUCUUCCGAAAAAGGAUGGAUACGUGCCUGUCUACAUACGUGUAGGAAACACUCCAUUAGAACAGAUCAACCGUGAUUUGGCUGCAGCCUUCCAGGAAAGUAACGCCCGCAGCAUUCGAGGAACAGUGAUUCAACAACUCAAUCGCGAUGCACGAUUCUCUUCCGAGUCCAGCAGCGAGGAGGCAACUAACCUGAUCCCGAAGCUCUUGGAUCCCAACUAUCGAAGUAUCAGUGACUCUAACUCAAACUCCAACGAAUCCAACUCGUCCGAGAUACUUCUAAACUACAUCGCAUCGCUUAAACCAGGGGUGGCCAAGCCGGCAGUGGCCAAGACAGCAGUAGUAUCGAACAACGUAAUUUAGGAAGCUAAAUAAAAGAACUAAAUUCGCGUGUUCCACUGCUAUUUGAUGUGUCAGCGGACUAGCGAAACAAAGCUACAUUAGUAGGUAGUACUGCCAACUGCGUAGAGGCACGCAAUUUUUUUUCACAUUCAUCUUCAUCCAGUUUAUAAAUAUUUAAUAUUCAUUAUCAGUUUUAAGAUUGCACUGCAUUUUAGACAACGUAACACACAUGCUGUCCUGAUAAGAGAUUCCAGCAGGACACUCUGUUCGGAAUGAAUAAAACAAACGCAACCCGUAGGAAAAGAACCGA